CUUCACUUAGCUAUUUCAUUACCUUCACUCGAUCCGUGGGCGCAGUAUACACGGAACCGCGAUCGUGUCUCGAUCGUUGAUCCUCGUCGCGGACGGUAUCGAUCAGCGCGAUCCGCGCGCACGCGACGGAUGGAUCGCGCAUUGAGCAACGGAACGUCCAAGUGAUCCUGAUUCCUCCAGGAAGCUGAAGAGAAGCGGAAGAGGAGCCAGCGAGGACUGCGGACUGUAACGCGCCGGAACAGAGAAGGGCGACCAAGAACGACCGCGAGCUGCACCUACAAUAAGUGCCGGAUCCGGGGAGAUCGCAUGUCCAUUGUCCUACCGUGAGUCCCUUAGGAUGUCGCGGGGAAUCAACGUCUGCGCCAUCGUGCUGCUCGUCCUGUUCGAGCUGGCCACGUCGGCGAUGGUCCUGCCAAGGCCACCCUCGUCGCCUAAUCACAUUCGCCAGGAUCAGGAGCUGUCUGCGCGCAAAGCCCUCGAGGGCAAGUCCUUACAUGGAGCGUCAAGGGACACCAACGUGGAGAAGCCGGAUACCGAGGACUACAGACUCCUCGAGAUCGAGCUGCAAAGCACGGACGAGAUGGACGCCGCGAAUCUGCAAGGCCUGGUGCGUGCGAUGCUGAAACAGCAGCAACAACAGCAGACCGAACAGCUGAUGCCGAACGACAGCUAUCCCAAUCCUGAAGUAGUCCCACACUCGAUCGUCGGUGUGCGGGACAUGGGACUGAGCCCGAAUUACCGCUUGGACACUUUCGACGAUGACAAGCGCGUCCUGCUGAGUCCACCGAAGGUGCAGAGCCUCGAUGAGAAGCUGUACUACCUGAAGAGUGGCCGGCCCAAGGUCUACGUGAACGUGCGAGGGCACAGCGGGUCGUUCCGGAAGGCGACUGUCUCACCCACGGCGACUCCGAGCGAGGGUGCACUGGGAUAUCUCAAAGUAACGCGGCCCUUCGAGAGGCAGACCGACUGGAAGGCACGGGACAAGAAGGCACGACCGCCGAAGAAGUUCGAUCGUCGAGUCGACUUCCAGAGGAACGAGAUGGUCGGCAGGGUGAGCGAUCAAGCGACGUCCUACGGGACGGACGAUCCGUCGACCACGGAGAACUCCAUGGUCACGUCCAGCGAGCUGCCCAAACAGAUACCCGCGCCACCCAGCAAGGUCCGAGGCCGCAUCCUGAUGGCGCAGACCACCCCCGUGCAGAGGUAUGCGCUCAGGAGGACAGAUAUUCUACCGGGCUAUGGCUUCAGCGAGGAAUAGAGUACGGUUUCAGCGCGUGAAAAAUCGGCAAAACUGGCACUUUCGACGAGCACGGAUUUAAACACGCUCGAGCGCGACGAUCGUGAGGAUCGUGUAAAUUUUUCAUCGCAUUCCGCGCUCGCUCGAAAGUGCGAAGGACAAAAAGCGCGCAAGUUGAUCAAUGAGAAAGCUCCAGAGGAGAGAUCGUUAUUCAAAUCGGCUACGUAUAAUAUCUCUUCCGUCUAAAUGUUAAUUGUUGUUCAGACCAUGUGUCUUAGCGCUGAUAAUCAUUCAGAUUUUCAUGGCUAAUAAAUCGAAAUUGACAAAUUAUUCGAUCUUGUAAGCGUCGCGAAACUUUGAAAACCUCAGUGAGGAACCAACUGUGAUUGCAUGAGAAAUAUUUUUCGCCUUGGCGAGAGUUUAAUGUCGUAGCGUUAAAUUUUGCUUCUAGUAUCGGCCUUAAACUUAAUUUAUGCCGGAUAACGGCUUACAGUAAAAAUGCAUGUUGCUAUUUAUACAAAUUAAUAUAUUGUAACACGUAGCAUAGAGAGUUAGAAAGAGAAAGAGCGUAUGAGUGAGUGAGUCGACUAAUAUAGAAUUAAGAGAAUACAGUAUAAUAUAUUAGAGCUCGCAACAAUAAACAAAAAAAUUGAUAAACUAUUUUUGUCAUUUAUACUCUCUGGCGAAUCAAUUUUAACAAAAAGGUUCAAGUAAA